UCUGGCAGAGGGGCAAGGUUUCGUUUACAAAGUGUAAGGACGGUCAGCUGUUCGGCUUCAGCAACAGACUAGUCGUUUUAACUUUAAAACGAGUCUAGAAAAUAAUUAAUUCAGGCGGGGUAGUGAAUUCAAGCUGCUAGUUCUUUUGUGAGGGGAGGAACCUUUCAGCAACACGACUCAUUUCCACACGGAAUACUGUCCGAUUGGGACUGUAAAUACACCGUCGUAGCUGCUCCGCAGAGAGGAAAGACCCAUGAGGGUGUAAUAAAUAACAGGCAGAUUUCAAUGAAACAGACAGGCGCUUUCAGUCGAAGCGGACGCAGAGCUGUGAAGUUGGCUGGUUCCGGUGUUAAAGCGUGAAUCCGGGAAGAGAUGGAGCCGUGUCGGCGGGCCGGACUCAGCGGGGUCCUGUGCUCCCUGUCACUGCUGUGUGUCAUCCUGGACAUCCAGCUGGACGGUGUCUUUGGGGCAACUCAGGCUGAGAUUGAGCACCACUUGGAGAUGGGCCGCAAACUUUUGGCAGCUGGUCAGCUGGCCGAAGCCCUGUCCCACUACCACUCUGCUGUGGAGGGUGACUCUAAGAAUUACCUGACCUUCUACAAGCGAGCUGCAGUGUUUCUGGCCAUGGGAAAGUCCAAAUCUGCCCUGCCAGAUCUGACCAAGGCUAUCCAACUCAAGCCCGAUUUCUUGGCUGCCCGCUUGCAGAGAGGGAACAUCCUGUUGAAGCAGGGCAGCACGCAGGAGGCUCGGGAGGACUUUGAGGCAGUGCUGCAGCGGUCCUCAGACAACGAGGAAGCUCAGAACCAGCUGAUGAAGGCGAACGAGCUGGAGGAGCUGCAGGAGGAGGCCCAGGCUGCGUACCACCAAGGGGACUACAGCACAACGAUCGCUCUGCUGGAGAGAGUUAUAGAAAUCUCUCCUUGGGAUCCGGAGUCUCGGGAGCUCCGCGCAGAGUGCUACAUCCGGAUGGGAGAUCCACAGAAAGCCAUCCAGGAUCUCACGCCGACGACGCGGCUUCGCAACGACAACCGCGCCGCCUUUCUGAAGCUCAGCAAGCUGCACUACAGCCUCGGCGACCACCACGAGUCACUCAACAACGUCAGAGAGUGUCUGAAACUCGACCAGGACGACAAGGAGUGCUUCAGCCACUACAAGCAGGUGAAGAAGCUCAGCAAGCAGCUGGACUCGGCAGAAGAGCUGAUUGAGGAGGGCAGGUGGAUUAAAUCAGCGCCCGAGGCGAUAGACGUGUGUUCGGAGGCCCACCAGAGAGACCCCCGCAACGCCAACGUCCUCAGAGACAGAGCAGAGGCCUAUAUCCUCAACCAGGACUACGAGAAAGCUGUGGAGGACUACCAGGAGGCGAGAGAGUUCGACGGCGACAGCAACGAUAUCAAAGAGGGGCUGGACCGAGCCCAGAGGCUGCUCAAGCAGUCUCGUAAGAGGGACUACUAUAAAAUCCUCGGUGUCAGCAGGAAUGCCAACAAGCAGGAGAUCACCAAGGCGUACAGGAAGCUGGCACAGCAGUGGCACCCCGACAACUUCCAGUCUGAGGCCGAGAAGAAAGAAGCAGAAAAGAAGUUUAUUGACAUCGCAUCGGCCAAAGAGGUCCUUACUGAUCCAGAAAUGAGACAGAAGUUUGAUGCGGGCGAGGAUCCGCUGGACCCAGAAAGCCAGCAAGGUGGAGGCGGAGGUCAGCAGGGCUGGCCUUUUCACUUCAACCCCUUUGAAUCUGGCGGCAGCUUCCACUUCAAGUUCCAGUACAACUAGAGAGCAGGACUUGACGAACACACGGGCGGGGAGGGGGGUAGUGUCGUUUUUAGGUGGAUUGGAUACUUUGGAAAAAACCUUCGGGGGAUUUUGGAGGACGAGUCUUCCUCAAAAGCUCUGCGUCAGCCUGGACGCAGGUUUUCGCAAACUUUCUUUUGUUAUUUUGGACUUUUUACCACAAAAUCAAAGGACCUACCUGUGGUUACUCAUAGAUUACGUUGUGCUUGAAGAAAAUGAAGUCUACAGACGAGCUCCGUAGGAAAUGUGUGACAGCUGGAAGCAGUGUCCGCUCUUAUUCUUUCUUUGUGCCAUUCUUUGAAGCGCUACUCGGCGCCUCCUUUUUAUUUUUAGUGCCGUGAUUCUUUGCUUGAAAAUCUGUACGUCUGUCCGUUUGCUUGCAGUAUUCUUUAAAGGUCUACUGAUUUCAGUCUCUAUUUUUUACCAUGUCGAGACGUCUCUACACUAGAGAAGCAGGAUUUUUAUAUUUAUCAUUAGACCUGUGGCUGUUGAGCUAUAUUUAUGGUGAAACUCGAGCACCGCUACAGGAAACCUGUAGGUGUAAGAAUUUCAAUAUCCUAUGGAUCUGAAGUCAGUGUAGGUGCUCUGUGAUGUAUACAUGUAUAUUUUUAAAUUUAAAUCAGCGCCUCCUGAUAGCUAAUUGGAAUAAUUCUGUGUGAAUUUUGGUUUGGAGAUGUUCAUUUAUAUCCAGGGGCAGACAUUAUGGAUGUAAGUGCACAAAAUAAGUGGAAAAAAAAAGUUUAGAAAAACAGCCGCAAAUGACUGCAUUGACAUUUAGAGUAUUUCUGUUUCUUCCCUCCUCCUUUCAAGGAAACGUUUCGAAAGCUUGCACUUUUACUUUGUUCGAAAAGGCCACUUCCCUCCUCCUGCACUCCUGAAAUGUUACUGUAGGCCUUUGAAAAGCCUUCCACACACUCCCCUGUGUCUUCAGUGGCUAUCCGAGAACCUCAUUUAUAAAUAGGUCUUACUGAAGCGUGUCUGAGCUGCUGCUUUAUUUUUCCCGAGGUACACCAUAUCUACUUCAAAAGCAGCAUGUUUGGAUAAUAUUUAUCCAAUGGGUCGCACUGACACAUACGAACUUCAUACAGUUUAUAAAUGAGGUUCUUGCAGCCACACGGGCCACACAGGUGAACCGAGAUGAUGUUUUUAAAGACUUUAUUUUUUAGCACAAAUUAAGUUAUUUUGUCUUUAAUAACUUGAGGACACACUGACUGUAACCAGCUUCUACUGCUUGAUUGUGUGAACAAAAUGUGACAGGCUCUCUUUGUAUUUAACUCUGAGUGGGAUGGUUUUGUUUCUGGGUUUCUUUUGUUGGAGGCUUUUUUUUCCUGUUGCCAAACUGAGUCAGCUGACAAGCUCAAGUGUAUUAAAAUAUUGAAACAAACGCA